AUGCAACAGACUAAAGAGACUGACAGUUUAGAUCACUGUUUAGCUUAUCAAACACCGCCUUAUGACACUAAGAAGCAAUAUGAGGCCACAUCACCGUCGCCGAGAACUUCGUGCAUCCGGUCCCCCGAGUUAUUGAUUGAUCAGAUAGCGAUUCUGUUAUCCAGCUUGACGAUGAAUCGGUGCACAACGAAAAUCAGGAAUGAUUCCGAGGUUUUAGGUGGGUUUUUGAGGGAGAUUUUAAAAAGGUCCAAGUGUAAUAAGAAGGUGACUCUACUGUCCACGCUAUAUUUCCAGAAAAUCAAUAAUUCACAAAAAGAUAUAGAUGACUUGCCGGAGUUUGCAAAGUGCUCUAAAAGAGCUUUUUUGUCGUGUCUGAUAUUGGCUCACAAGUUUCUCAACGACAACACUUUUUCAUUGAAGACUUGGAGUCUUAUCAGUGGCUUGAAACAAAAGGAUUUGUCUUGUAUGGAGCGCUGGUACCUUCAAAAACUUGAUUACAAGUUGUUUGCUGCGGAAAGUGAGUUAGAAGAUUUGGAGGUACGUCUAUUUCCCAAAAGGAGGAGAUCUUUGGACGAAAGCCUCGCCGAAGAACUCGUACCUCACCAUAGGAAAAUCUUCAAACUUGCAGUAAUCAAUAGUUGA